CAUUAUCAAGACCAGUCAUUUUAGUGACAUGAGGGACUGUCGGUUAACGCUGUCAUCAUAACAAGGCAACUACUUAAAAACAGAAACAAACGGUUUGAAAAGUGUGGAUACCAGAGAGCAUAACUUCUGGAAUAUAAUUUAAACUGUCCGUUGAUCCGGUCUACAAAUGAGAAACUGCAUACGUCAUUGCUGAGGUCCGGUCGCCCGAUGAGAGAGCACUGAUCAACUCAUCAUCCUCAGCCCUGCGGAUACCAGAGGCCAUCAAGGACCGAGAGAGAGAGAGAGGCUUUGUCUCCUCCUCCCUCCGUCCCCUUGUCCGCCUCACUUCACCACCCCAUUUCCUGCUUGAGUUGGUCCCCCUUAGCGUUUCAAAACUGUUUCUCCAACGCUUUUUCCAAAAACUCAGACUGUUUUCCAAAGCAGAAGCAGCGCCACAGCCCUCCCACCAGAACGAGGUGAUGGGAAGUGUGCGAGCCAACCGCUACAGCAUAGUGUCAACCGAGGAGCACAGCAUGAAGUUGGCCACUGUGGCAGUGCCCAACGGGUACGGCAAGGGCAAGGUGCACACGAGGCACCAGCCCCAGAGCCGCUUUGUCAAGAAGGACGGUCACUGCAACGUGCAGUUCAUCAAUGUCUCUGAGAAGGGCCAGCGUUAUCUCGCCGACAUCUUUACGACCUGUGUGGACAUCCGCUGGCGGUGGAUGUUCGUCAUCUUCUGCCUGGCGUUCCUCCUGUCGUGGCUGUUCUUCGGCUGCGUCUUCUGGCUGGUCGCCAUCUUCCACGGGGACCUGGAGAACGACACCCAGAAGUGCGUCUCCAACGUUAGUAGUUUUACCGCAGCCUUCCUCUUCUCCAUCGAGACCCAGACGACCAUCGGCUAUGGCUACCGCUAUGUAACCGACGAGUGUCCUGUGGCGGUCUUCAUGGUGGUCUUCCAGAGUAUUGUGGGCUGCAUCAUCGACGCCUUCAUCAUCGGCGCAGUCAUGGCCAAGAUGGCCAAGCCCAAGAAGAGGAACGAGACGCUGGUGUUCAGCCACAACGCUACAGUGGCCAUGAGGGACAACAAGCUGUGUCUAAUGUGGCGCGUGGGGAACCUGAGGAAAAGCCACCUGGUGGAGGCCCACGUUCGGGCACAGCUCCUCAAGUCGCGCACCACUGCUGAAGGGGAGUUCAUCCCUCUGGACCAAGUGGACAUCGACGUGGGCUUCGACAGCGGAGUUGACCGUAUCUUCCUGGUGUCCCCCAUAACCAUCGUCCACGAGAUCAGCGAGGACAGCCCAUUCUAUGACAUGAGCAAGCAACAGCUGGAGACGUCUGAGUUUGAGAUUGUGGUGAUCCUGGAAGGGAUGGUGGAGGCCACGGCCAUGACCACCCAGUGCCGCAGCUCCUACCUGGCCAGCGAGAUCCUCUGGGGCCACCGCUUUGACCCGGUGCUCUUCGAGGUGAAGAGCUACUACAAGGUGGACUACUCUCGCUUUCAUAAGACUUACGAGGUGCCCAGCACUCCGCUGUGCAGUGCCAGAGACCUGGCAGAGAAAAAAUACAUCCUGUCCAGCUCCAACUCCUUCUGUUACGAGAACGAGGUGGUGCUGGCUAACAAAGGGGAGACGAACGGGGGUAGCGUGGGCCCAGACGUAACUCACACAGACAAUAUCUCAGACUCUGCGCAUCACCAGGCCACUGUGCCACUAGAGCCCAGGCCCCUGAGGCGAGAAUCUGAAAUAUAACUGUGCAGAGACUUCAAACCACCUCACAGAGAAUACGUUUCUAAUUCUAGAAUCACAUGUUGUUGUUCUAAAAGGCACAUUGAGCUGAGCUGGGCCUUGUGUAAAGGACAGAUUCAUGCCGACGGUACUGCUGUGGGAACGGGGUAGCCGGGGACUUGUAUGUAAUAGUUUCUUAAAACAAUGUAAUUGCAUAUUACAACAAAAACAGCACUAUGAAAUGUGCAUAGAUGAAGGAAAACGUUCUUGAACAAUGGUUCCCACAAGAAAAUGAAAAGUAUACAUCUCUUUAGCAUCUAUGGAUAGACAGGAACAUGCAUCUAUAUAUCAUUGGAAGGGAUGUUAGCUAUAAUGACCUGAAAUUAGCAGGCAUGUCUCUGUGUAUCUGUCCAGCAAAUAAUGAACAAGAUGGUUUUAAGAACUAUAGUUUUGAUUUCUAUUCACUGCCCUUUAGUUGAAAAGAAAAAUGCUGCUAUAUGCAAGUUUUCUACUUUCUCGUUUCAGAGGAACUGGGAAAAAACAUACAAAUACCCAUAGAGUAAGAGAGACAUUUUGAAAGUUCUGCUCUUUCAGAGUGAAAACCAAAUACGUUUUUAUUUAGCUAAUUUGCACUUUUUAAUUGAUCAUGGGCAACCAUCUCUAAAGUACUAUAAAGUUAUUUAAUGUUUAUCCAAACAAUUAAGCUGCAAUUCAGCCCUUUUUCCUUAUGAGAUUGGAAUUUAUCACCAAUUUUCCAGUGAAUGCACAACUGAUUUUGCCUUUGACUAGAGCCUGAUGUUGCAGUGGACUGGGCGAUCUUUGAAGGCUUUGGUGAAUUGCAUCAAAGGAAAUGUAGCUCAAUGUAGCUUUAACCUAUUGGAGAAAAUACUAUGCAGCUGUUGUAAAAUAGCAGAACAAAUCCUUUAAAAAAAAUAAAACUAAAUUAUCAAUUUGAUACCUUUUUUAUAUGAACUACUACUUCAAUACAGUACUUAUCCAAAGCAGAUAUUUGAACCUGUAUGUACUUUUGUUAUUUGAGCUGGUCUCAUAACAGACAUACAACAUAACAUACUGUACAUGUAAGGGCCGUUCAAUGCUGGUCAAUUCAAUAGAAGCAUGCCUGUUUUCUGUUUUGUGUGAAGGAAAUGAGCAGGGUGCUAUUAGUAUUGACAUUUAGCAUGAGCAUACAAAUGUUCUCAAAAAGUGCUGCUACGUUGUUGCAUUUUGUAGGGUUUGAUAACAGAAGAAGCCAAAGAGUAUUAUUAUCAUCAUAAUAAUUGUUGUGUGUCUCAUCCAUUUGUUAAUGGUAGAAGUAGAGCAUUUUUCGAAAGUAAAACAAAAAUGUAGAGGAAAUAUUUAUUUUCAAACACUCCUUUUAGAAGUGUUCAUAGCACUUAAUUAGAACUCAUUCAGCAUAAGACUUAAUCAAUCUCACUGUGAUACAGUCAUGAUACGCAAAGUUAUGUGGCUCUUAUGAUGAGAGGCUUUCAGUAAAGUGUUACCGUCAUUUUCAUAUUCAAAGCCAAAGAUUUAAGCCAGACUAGACUAGAUCAGCAACAUGUUUUAACUGGGUUUUUUUAGGUGUUAGCACAUGCUCAGAAAAUAACUCAAGUACAGUGUUACAAUAGUUAUUUUUCAGUAAAAAACAACAAAACAUCAGUUUCGUCUUAGUACUUUAGUCAUUCACAAUUCUGCCAUCAAAAAAAGAGAAUAUCUUCUCCUAAAGUCUCUUUAAAUAAGGAGACUAUAAAAUACAAUGCAUCUACCCCUCUAUCAUACCCUAUCAAUGUCUUUGCUGUUCAUGAACGUGUACUUAUAUCCAGAGUAUGCCUAAGGAUUACCAUGCCUUGAUAUCAAAUAUUAUUUUAUUUUUCAUUUUAAGUUGUUUGUUGUUUUACUUGGGAAUCUUGGAUUGGAAAACAUGGUUUAAACUAAGCCAACAGUACUGUAACCCAGGCAUAUUAAUAAGAUGUAUUGAAAGCCUAUAGAGUUUGCAUUAUGGCAAAUCUAUCUCCUAUUUCUUUGACUGAAGGCCAUUCGGCUACAAUGUUCCUUUUCUUGUACAUAGACCCCCUCCCUCCCUGUUGCAGUAAUUUUGUAUCAGAGUCUUCCAGUUGUACUGCAAAACAAUGGAAUGUACAGAUUUUAUAUUAUUAAUAAUGUUAUUAUUGUACAUGCUAUUAUUAUAUUGUUACUUUUUUCAAUAAAACCUCAAUGAAUGAUCAAA